UGGUCGAAGUUCGUAGAAAAGUUCAGUACUGACCAAUCUGGGAAGCGUGGGCGAAACGUUCCUCAGUCGAGAACGAACCCAACUUGCCGCUGAGGCGCCGCCUGCUUAGUCCUCGACAUGAGCUGCUGGGACUGCUGUAUACGAUUACUGAAGCGAUGUCUCCCGCGGAAUGACAUCGUCGUGGAGCUGGCUCCAUAUUUGAACACGGCGAACGGUGGGUACCCGAACAAUCCACAGGCCAACACAGGCGGUGGCGGACGGGGCCACCAGACCAAUGCCACCACCACCACCCAAGUGAGCUUGGCAUCGCGAUACACCAACUCCCAGGGAGGAACGCAACGUGGGAAUACCGCAGGUUGUGGAAAUAACUGCUCAGGGGGGCAGUCGCGGUCGAGUCGACGCCGGGAUCGCCAGGCUGCUGCCACGGGCAACAUCCAAACGGGAGGUGAGGACCCCUCCCUCGCCACCGGUCGUGGCAAAGGAUCUAUCUUGAAUCCUGCAUUGAUCAAUUCAUCGUCUACGAAGCUCUAUGACCACAGCCUCGACGACGAUGACCUCGGAUCCCCGAUGAACGGUCGCGGGAACCCAUACGUGGCUGCGACAGGUGGCGGACUCAGCAGUCACCGACACCGCCAACAUGACGGGCGGUGUCUAGACGUGUAUCAUCCCCUUCCUGCCACCGCGUCCGGUCAUGCCUUGCUGCCCAUGGAUGUGGUCAUGGGCCACGACGUGAUCUUGCAGAGCGGCGGCACUGGCCAACACACACCGAUGCUCUGUGCCGGCUCGACCAUGUCCGAGGACAUCCAGUUGGACAUGGACAUGGACAGCUCCGCCGUGUUUGUGUACGUGAGUGUUGCCGCGUUCCAGCGCCUGGCGCGGCAGUUCCAGGAACUCAUGGAGGAAGCGACGUCGUUGUACGUGCACAUGAUUCGGUCGCGCCUCAACGAAUACGGCGGUGUGGAGCUCCGGUUCAGCGAAGGGUACUUUGUCGUGAUGUUUCAAACCGAGUUCAAUGCUGCGCGGUGGUGUCUUGCGAUGCAGCUCGGACUCAUGUACGCAGCAUGGAAUCCGCGCUUCCUCCGGGCACCCGAAGCCCAAGAAGAGAUGUCUCGCCAUCGUCCCAUGCCCGUGUUCCGGGGUCUGCGUGUGCGCAUGGCCAUCCACUCCGUGUCCCCAGACUCGGACGACGAAGACGAAGACACUUUUCUCGACAUGCCGGCGUCAUCCCCCGAGCACAAUCCCCGGGAGCUCGUGCGGCUCAUUGGCGAGUGCGUCCACGGCGGCCAGAUCGCGCUCAGCGACGGCGUGUGGGAGAAACUCAAGGAGCAACUGGUGCAACUGGGCAACCCCGUUGUGGAAGACCUCGGCAAGCACGUGGUGGGGGGGCAUUCGCUGCAGUUGUUUCAGCUGCUGCCCAAGCAUCUGGAAGACCGCCACUUUCUACCGCUCAUGUCGGUAACACAGUUGGCGCCGGCGAUGCGCGAUGCGCCGACGGCCGCCGGUGAAGUCACGAUGGUGUUUACGUUCAUCGAAGGCGCGCGGUCGCUCAUGUUGAAUGACGCGCACGCAUUGGUGUCUCGAGUCAAGACCAUUUGCAAGUUGUCGAGAAAGUUUCUCCGCACCCACCGCGGCUACGAGUGCCAGGAACUGCAAGGGGACUUUAUGUUGGCGUUUUUCAGGCCAGCGGAUGCAAUUGCGUGGUGCGGUGAAGUGCAAAAGCACGUGUACAAGCUCUUUCGCCAAGACCCGACCGGCAUUCAAUUUCGCAUUUCCAUGGGCAUUGAGACGGGCGUGCCCGUGUCUGUGAGUCCACACAAGUCUAGCGGCCGCGCCGACUACUUUGGGAACAUCGUCAACCAGACGGCGCGCAUCGCCAAGGCGGCGCACGGCGGCCAGAUCAUGCUGGGUGGGGACGCAUGGAAGGCUUUCAUGACGGAUGCAGCGUCGUACUCGGACGGCCAAACCGGGGGGGGGCUGCCGUUCUACUUCAAAGACCACGGGUACUUCCAGUUCAAAGGUAUCGCCAGCGCCACACUGCUCGUCGAAGUGGUGCCGGUGGGAUUAGAGCACAUUUCGCAUGCCCCCACGACCGCCAAGCCGUAUAAGAAGGCGGUACCGCGGUCGGUGGUCCCCAUGCCCAAGCGCAACCGCAUCGUGUACGUCAAGAGCCAGCACAAUGGUCAACACGGCGAGUCAGAUGUUGGCUACAGCAUCCGCGACACGGAAGUGUUUGACGUCAAGUCAUUGUAUGGCACGCUGAGCGAGUGGACGCCCCAGGACCUGCGCACGUGGUUCAAUGAAGACUGCAAGCGCGGCGACUUGCCGCAGGCCGUGUGCGAACUCCGCGACGUCUAGUGCCUGCCUCCUUUAUUUUAACUUAUGACAUUCAGUAUUCUCGACCCGACAACAAACCCACACAAUACACACUUCAUUCAAAC